GAGACGGCCAGCCAAGUUUAACUCCCCACAUUCCCCGCAGAGCUCGACGGAAGCGACUCGGCGACAGCUCUCUUUUCGCCAUCCAGGGCAACCUCAUCUUCUCCUCUCUAUUCUUCUUUUUCGACUUUCUGCCUCACGAAGGAUUGAUGCAGAUCGUUUGCCGUCGGUCGCCGGCGCUCCUCGUUUGAUGGCACUGGCUUGCGUCGACCGCGCGUGACCGUUGCUUCAUUGUCUAUUUCUUUGGAUAUCGCGGAUUAUCGGAAUCGCGGCGCAGUUACGAGAUAGCCUACAAGACGAUAAGGAGUCUCGCUUACCAAAAUGGGCCCUCGUCGCUUCGGUCCCGAAAGAACCAUGGCGCCUUGGAAUAUCCUAUGCACGAUCGUCGCAGUUUGCUUUCUUUCCCUGUUAUCAGGUGCCAAUGCGCUGGCGCAGCGGCCCCAGAGCGAUCUUGAACUGCAGCAACCUCUUGCAUCUGGAGAAGACCGUGGACAGAGUGUAAAGGACGAGUUGCCUCGUGCUAGCAAUCGGUCUUUCGAAGAGUCGCAGUCGGAGUCACUUAUCUCUGUGAGUCUCACAUUGCGGGAUCUGCUGAAUGCCCUCAAUGUGAUGCAGAGGGAAUAUUUCCAACAAUGGCAGGGCACAUGGCCGACAAGCAUCGACUGGACCGCUGCAGUGAUAGGAACUCAAGUUUCUGCGGCGCUCUCAUCAUUGACUGCAACACCGAAUCAUAUCCUCGCGGCCUCCUUUUCGUCGGUUAUCGGAGAGGCCCACGAUCUGGCGUCUACUGCAUCGCAUACUGCGAUUGCAUUCGAGAACACAGUCAACAGAUAUUUCGACCAUACGCUAGCUUUCUACUUCGGAGAGAAUGCGUUCAGUCUGAGAAAUCAGGCCUUCGAUGAUAUGCUGUGGGUUGUACUGGGGUGGUUGGAGAAUAUCAAGUUUCAAGACUUGCAUUCCGAGUUGCGCUACAGUCUGGAGCCCAACUCGACCAGUACUUUGUAUGGAGCAUGGCACGGUGUCCAAUUUCGUGCCCCGGCUGCUCACAGAGCGCGGUUGUUCUAUGAACUGGCUGCACAAGGUUGGGAUACCUCGCUCUGCGAUGGUGGAAUGGUCUGGAGCCCUCAUGUCACGCCAUACAAGAACGCUAUUACGAACGAGCUAUUUAUUUCUGCCAGCAUUGGCAUGUAUAUCUAUUUUCCAGGCGAUCCAAUCGACUCGCCAUUUUUAGCAUCCGAUGCCAGCGUCGAUGGGCUCCAUUACGAACGCGACCCUGCUCACCUCGAGGCGGCCGUCAAGGGCUAUCAAUGGCUGAAGGAUUCAAAUAUGAUCGGUCAUCGUGGCCUCUAUGCUGAUGGAUUCCAUAUUAGCGGAUGGAGAAAUGCAAAACAGCCAGGCAGUGGCAAAUGCGAUGAGCUCAACCCCAUGGUCUACACCUACAACCAGGGUGUCAUCCUUAGUGGGUUGAGAGGACUCUGGCUAGCGACUGGUACCCAGGAUUAUCUGCGCGACGGACAUGACCUUAUCUUGAAGGUGAUCAUGGCAACAGGCUGGCCGAAGAAGCAGAGCACUGCGUGGGCUGGUUUAGGGCGUGGGGGCGUGCUGGAGGAGGUGUGCGACUCUGCUGGUGGUUGCUCCCAGAAUAGCCAUACUUUCAAGGGCAUCUUCUUCCACCACUUCGCAGAGUUCUGUCGACCCCUCAGCCCACACGAGGAACGGUUCGUCGCGGAGCUGAACGGCGGUCAAUCGGAAGUCGAUCGCAGACUGAUUUUCCAGUGGCAUCAAGCCAGAUGUCGAAGCUAUCGGUCUUGGCUCGAGUACAACGCAGAAGCCGCUUUGAAAACAAAAGACAACCAAGGCAAGUUCGGAAUGUGGUGGGGGAGACAGUACCCGGACGAUGGCCGUCAUGCCCCUGAUGCCGCGACUGUGCCAUAUGGCGCCGACGACUACCGUAACGACCAAGAAUCGCGCGCAGAUUGGGGCCCAACUACUCAUAUUCAUGCUGAUCCUUUCGCUUUGGGCGCCGGUCAAGUGGCCACCACGCUACUAGAUAAGAAACGCGACACCUUUUCUGCAGGAAGCGCAUCGCGCCACUCUAGCAGUCAGCUAGAAUCCAGCACCGACGGUCGCAUGGAAAGACACCAGGACGUGAAUGAUCGGGGACGUGGUCGUACCGUCGAGACGCAGUCCGGUGGCGUCGCUGUCCUGAGGGCCUUAUACCAGUGGAAGACCUCGCCGUCUCUAUCCUGAUAUUCUUCGAAUCAGUUUGAAGAUUACGGCCUAACCAGUCAAAGGAUGGACAGUCUACUAGAACGCUCGAUGGCUUCUACUAUUCUUGUAUAUAUCACCUUAUAUUAUUACAGCCCAGUUUCUAUUGUCUGCUAUUUAAUGUGUGAAACACGUUACCGUUUUAUCAUUUUGCCCGUGCCGCUUGUACUCUCCACUAACGCCUUCCGAACUUUUGGGAUCCUACUAGUACUAGCAGUAUACUACCUACUGUACGCGUCUUUUGAAGCUAAAUUAUAGACGAACCAUCCUAGGGGGAAAGAGCUCAUUUGAUAUCCGGCCCCAAUAGGAAAAUGUCUCAUACUCGACUCGAG